CGUCGCACAUAUUACGGUAAUUUCCCACGUUCCGUUCAGUACGGUAAAGCGGCAGAGCAGAAACAGGAAGUGGGUUCAAACGGCGCCAGCGUUUUGAUGUAAGGAAUAUGAAAUUCAUGCUAAAAUGACUGAAAGCGGUGCACAGCUGUUUUCUCGUCUGGAGGCCCGUCACAAUGUGAAAGACAUCGAACCUCGACUGUUUCCUAAAGAUGGAGGACCUGAAGAUGGUGAGAUGGUGGAGCUGUAUGGCACAGAGGGAACAGGUAAGACCGAGCUGCUCUACCACCUGCUGUGUCGCUGUGUGUUGCCCAAGGAAGCUGGGGGCCUGGAAGUGGACGUUGUGUUUGUCGACACUGAUUAUGGUCUGGACAUGUUACGUCUGGUCAGCAUCCUGGACAGCAGACUGAACACAGCUCAGUCUGGCAGUUCCUCCUCGGCUGGAUCUGAUGAGACAGUGCUGCGCUCGUGUCUGUCCCGCCUCCUGGUCAUCCACUGCUCCUCCUCCGCCCAGCUCCUUCUUACCCUCCACUUCCUGGAGAACUCCUUGUCAUCACGGCCUGCCCUGGCCCUCCUCCUCAUAGACAGCAUCUCUGCCUUCUACUGGGUCGAUCGCUGUGAGGGGGGAGGCAGUAUCGCCAAGCAAGAGGAGAGGCUCAGCAAGUGUGCAGAGCUACUAGGUCGUCUGCUCAGGGAUUACAGACUCAGUGUCUGUGCUACUUGCCACGCCAUCAGGAGGAGCAACGAUGGACAGGCCUCUUCAGACUCUGACAGGUCGUACCUCUGUCGGGCCUGGCAGCGACUUGUGACCCACCGCCUCCUCUUAUCUCGGGAGGCAACCAGCAUGAAGCAAGGCAGCAAGGAGCAGAGGAGCCAGCAGGUCUUCACUGUACUCUGCUCUUCCUCCUCCUCUUCCUCCUCCUCGAAGAUAAAGUCUUACAGGAGCAGUUUGUUUUGCGUGACCGAUGGAGGAGUGGAGUUUAUCUGAACAUCAGCUCCUAGUCUAGGACAGUCAAAUAAUAACAAACUAUUUUAUAAUAACAAACUAGCACUUUAUCAUUUAUUGGAAGUUUAAUAAAAGUCUUUUUUAUUA